AUGAGCUCCAAUUUGCCCAACCCGUGUCUGGUGGGAAUUGUUUUAACCAUAUCAACACAUGCUGGGCCACAAGUAGUUUAUCAUUACCCUCCAGUUGACCUGCUUUCCAAACACAAGAAGACAAAAAUACAACAGAGCCCAAGAAAUUACGAAGAUAGCGAGACAUCGAGACGAGCUCAAUUUGACAACACUCUUUUUCGAAAACAAUCGUUGAGAUUGCAACAAGACGGAGAGAGCGAUGCAACAUUUUCCAUACAUUCUGCACAGACAGAAAACUUAGACGAUACAGAUAUCAGCGAUAGCACUGAUGAUGAGGUCAGCACAGGUGUGAGCGAUAGUGACAUUUCGACGGACUUUGCUGAUGUAUCUUCUGAGUCUAGCUCGGCUAGUUCAGAAUUUCAUCAACCAAUCAGUGUAGAGGAGUUAGCAGCGCCGCGUUUGUCGCUCGAUCACAAUGCAAGUAUUCAGUCGCUGGGAAACUCCAUACGGAGUGUCAACUUUGAUCCAGCUACCAACGCAAGCAGAGCACCCCAUUUUCUGGGUCCAAAUGAUUCGAAACGCAACUCUGUUGUAUCCAAGAACACGCUAGGUAGAGAUGUCGAUCCGGGACCUGUUCUUGAAACAACAACAGAGUCCGACGAUGAUGAGGAGCUGCACUUUGAGCUCGAUGAUAAGUACUUUGGCGUCGAGUUUCAGGCUAUUAACAAGAUUUUGCGAUAUGAUACAGACUUUUUUGCUGAAAUAAGCUCGCCCCCGAAGGACAUGUGUAACACACGUUUCGAAUUGUCCAUAGAUGAUCUCACCUUGGUAGGGCUGCCAAUCCAUAAAAACGCAGAUGGGCACUGGAGAAAGUCAAAAAAAAGAAGGGCAGGGAAUCGACUGCGGCAUUCAAAUUCCGGCUUGAGGACGAGAAAUGACUCGAAACAACAGAUGUCUAACGCAAAUUCAGAUGAAGACGGAUCUCUGAUUGAGGAAGAUAGUUCAAGGAUAUUGAAGUCUGAAGAAACUCAGGGCAAGGAUGACGCUGAAGACGUUCAAGAUAGCGUCAAUAUGUUCCACCUCUGCUUCUUGAUGAAUCCACAAUUGGUCGAAUACAAUGAGAAAGUAGACGACAUGUACCACUAUGUUAUUUCAAGACUGUCCCUAAUAUUAAGAUAUGCUCAAGAUAAGUCAAGUUUCGUCACCAAGGAAGCAUUAGAAAUUACGAGGACUCGCGAUCGGACACUCAAAUCUUCAGAGAAGUAUAAAAUGAUUAAAGGUAGUGGAAGGAAGGGGAAAUACCUUUAUCAACGAAUUUUGAAUAAAUCUCCAUUGGCACGGAUCAUUACUCAAUGUUUCGACGCUUUAGUCAAAAAUGAAAUUGCUAACCUAGAAAUUGACGAUGACAAAAUAAUAUCCUUGCAAAUACCCAUGAAAAAUGAAUUCUCAGUAUGCCCAAACCUGAAAACGAAUCCGGUACUUAGAGGGUCUUUUUUGACCUCGAUUUUGAACCAGACGUUUUUGGAAGGAAGAUCUGGAACAGGUGCUCAAGAUUCAGAAAGAGACGUUAAUGAAAACAGCGACCUUUUGGAUUUUGCCCUCCUUCUACUGGACGAGCCCGCUAAUAUACUUCAAGAAUUGCAGUACUCUGCAUUUCGAAACGACAUGGCCUCUGUUAUAUUAACCUCUCUGGUCAAGACUUUGAAGCCAACGCUUCCCCUGCGGCACUAUCAGUAUCUGGUAGAUGAGGUGAUGGGACCAUCUGAUCCGUUAACUCAAGGUAAAGGCAACUCGUUUCAUAGUGGGUUGCUACGGUCUUUGGCGUUGCAUCUAAUGUAUUGGCGGCAUGCUAGAAUUAUUAUUCCCUUAUCUUCGAAAAGUACUUAUAUCGUUUCGCCCUUGGCGCCAAUAUCAGGUACAUUGAAAGACAACACUUCGGCAAAUCUAAACAACAAACCUUUGAUAUUGCAGAAUCAAGAGAUUUUUGCCAAGAAGUUUCCAUCCUUACCACCACUCUCCUCAUUUUUAAGCAUGAUAUCUUCUACCAAACCACGUCCGUUUGGAAGCAUCAUACCAUCGAAAGACCAUAAAAAUGUUUAUUUAAACGCCUUGAGCUGGCUCAUCCGAAAUGGUUACUUGACCCAGCUGCUGAGUUUUUUUUGGGUUCGAGUUGACUCUCGAAUAAAAAUCGCAGUUGAUGAAGACUUAGAAAAGGAUGGGGUUAGGAUUACCAAAAACUCAAAGUAUCAGGACCUAAACACCAGAAAAAAUGACACUAUUAUAGGCUCUGAUCUUCCUGAUGAUAUCGAUUACUACUACUAUAACGGUGAUGAGGAUUCUUUGAAUCGUGCCGAUUACACAAUCAUCUUGGACCCCGAAAGGGCUACUGCUGUGGAGAAGAGAUGGUUAUAUAAAUGCAUUGAAGGACAGCCAUCCGAAAUUCAAAUUCUAUUUCAUAAGAUGGUCAAAUAUUUCAACGGCACUACGCCUAUAGAACUUGUACAGAUUCGCGAAGGUAUUUCACGACACGAAGUUCGGAAGGUGAGUCAGGCACUCGGCAAUUACUUAGUAGAGAUUAAUCAUUGGUGA